ACAAGUAUUUUGUUUUCAUUUUCGGACUUUCAUCUUUUCAGUUUAACACUUUUUAUUUCAAAAGUAAUCCACACCCUAAAUUAAAACAUACGCAGUACAUCCCUCGGUGAAUCGACGAUGAAGUUCCUCCAGGCUCCAUCAAUGAAGACAAAAGUUGACAGGAACCCACAGGGAAUUACUCUACAGACUACGGUGAAUUAGCUAGGCAUUCAUCUGCUUUUUCGACAUUGAUGGAGACACUCGGCCGAUUUCCAAUACAGGCCCAACUCAAAGACAUCAUCGGCGACGAGAAGCUCAAGGCAGGAAGCGAUUUCGAUCGCUUUAUCGAUCUUAUGUUCAAGCGACUCAAUUGAUUUACUCACAGAAAAAAGAAGAGAAAAACCUGUUCUUGGUCUUCUUCUUGUUACUGGGGCUGUUUCAGAAGAAAGGGGAAAGAAUCUCUGCUGCGGCCAAGGGUUACCAAGGGCUACCAAGGAUGUAGGUGUUAUUGUUGUACUUGAUGUACUUUCUGCCAUUGCCUAUUUCAGACUUUCAGUGGACAAGUAUAUCCUUGUGUUUGAUAAAAGAUUUUUCUGACCUCAAAGAUGAUAUUGGUGGACUUACACAAGGACUUACGCCAAGGCUUCUCAAAUCAUUAAGUCAUCAAAACCAUGGAUUGCUUGAGAGUUCUUUUUCAAUUAUGUUGAAGGCAAUCAAACAGACAGACCAAUUCCCAUUUUCGAAUCGCCAAUCCGCCAUUCGCAAAUCGCAAUUCGAAAGCCGGAAGCACCAGCCACCAAGAAGCAGCGCGACGCCGCCACACCGGCAGCUGUCACUCCGUCCGUCAGACUCCCGCGACAUCGGCUAGUUCAGUUCCUAAUUAGAGAAAUGGAAGAAAAAUGGGCCGCAUUCGACGCGGCAAUUCGUCCAUAUUUGGUUGACAUUGAGCAAGCUCAUUCCGACGUUACGUGGUGUAAUUUCAAUAAAGCAGCAUCUGUUUCCCGGUCUGUUCUAGAGCGCUUGAUAGAAAGAAUUCGGUCUAACGAUAGCAUACUUAAAUGUGUGGGGAGUGAUUCUGAACUGGAAGGUUUGUUGGGUAAUGCUGGAUUGAUCUUUAUUCAGUCCUUGGAUGAACUUGGAAGGACAUCGGAAAUAUUGAACGAACUCAAAGUCUUGUUUGGCUCAGUGACUGCCAUACCUGCUCAACUCAUCAUUACUUGGUCAUCUUUCCCAAUGUCUGACGGCCUUUCUUCUCAUUUCCUAGAAGCUGUUGAAGAAUAUCUCAAUAGCUGGCAAUACAUGGAGGAACCUUAUGAUCAUUAUGCUUGUGAAAUUGCUCAUGGAGGGGGCUUCGGUAUGAAGAAUGAGCUGGCAGUUAAUGAUUAUCUAGACGUUGCGGAGAUCUAUGCCAUAGCUUUUCUGGGAAGGACACUGAAGAAUUUUGAUCUCGCCCUCUCAUGGGUCGAGAAAGCUAGUUUGCCCGAGGAGAAUCGUCAGGAUCUGUUGAGGCAAUUGUACUCAAUGAACUCCUCUGAACCCGUGACUGAAAUAGAUGAACAUCUGACUGAAUCUUCUUCCAUAGAGGACCAUAAAACCAGUUCUUCAAACAAUCAGGAGAAAAAUUUAAAACAAGCGCUCGUUGAAUUGUUCAAAAAGAGAGCACCUUUUUGCUGGUUCCGCAGCAUAAGAUUGAAGUUUGGGAAUCCUGGAUUUGUCAUAUCAAAUGGAAAAUUUUUUUUAUGCUGUGCAGCUCUCGUCAUAUUUCAUUUCAUCAGGAAGUCAAAUCUGAAGAGGCUCAGAAGAUGUGUGAGGAGUUGGAAGGUGUCGGUUAAGGCAUAUUUACAGGGAAAUUAAUUCAGCAGCUCAUGCUUUGGCUUGCACAGUCUCUAAAGAAGUACAUGCUUUUGUGAGUGCCUAUAUCUAACACCCUGGAUAGCUAAAUCAAGGAAUUGACUGACCGAGCCUGAUUUGCAUUAAAGAACUUUGUUUCUUUCAUAUAUUGAGUUGAUCUAACAUUAGUAAAAAUACACUUCCUGAGAGCAUGUAUGGUUGCAUCUCAGUCAUAUGGAUGUAAAUAAUGGCUACGCAACUAUAAUACAUUACUAAUGUGACCAUUUUUGUUUCGAUUGUUUACUUUUCUAUCUGAAGGGGUGAAAUUGCAUUCUGUUUUUACUA